AGGGAGUGAGAGAGGGAGACAGGGAGCACACGAGUGCGCUUGCCUGAGGCAGAGAACGGGAGCUCAGACAGAGAGGAGUGCGUCAUGAGAGUGGGGCAGCAUGUGUGCCUCUGUGUGAAUGGGAGAAGACCACACAUCUUUCGUUUGACUUUGAUGAGGAUAUAAGGACACCAUCCAGAAGAUUUCCUCUUUAGUUUCUCCCCCCUUCCCCUUCCCCCUUUCCCCUCAUCUUCUGGCAGUUAUCCCCCCUCUCAGCUCCUGCUUCAGGCGGCUCUACCGGGCAUGCUACUUAAGCCAAAGUAUGGCCGCUUUCGCAACGAGUCUGUGACCUCUUCCGACGACCUGAUGCAGAGCUUAGCGAUGAGCGGCAAAGUUGUGGCCACGCCGAUGGCCCCUUCAUCUACUCCAAGUCUUCCUUUGCCUCCGUUGCCUCCUCUGGAUCCAAGUUCCAGGUCCUCCUCCUCUACAGUUGGGGCUACAGCCCUGGCUGACUCCCCUUGCAUGGAAGGGGAACAAGAUGCCACCACGACCUUCUGCAUGCUCAUCCCUAAGAUGCCCCAGUGGAAGUUCUCAAACUCCCUGCUCAGCCGGAGUCCGUCCAACUCCAGCUCCAGCUCCAAGGACUCUGGAAAGGCAGCAGCAGCUGCUUCCCAGGCAUCCCCUUCACCAACAUCAUCAUCAUCACACAGGCCCAAUGGUGCAGCCUCAGCUAGUGGUCCCGUGGCAAGUCUGGCCGCAGUUCUUAACUCCUGUGACCCUGUGUGUGUCACCCCAUGUUCCCUACAGGCCAUCCGAGGACAGAGGGUGGUAUCAGUGGUGGGUUCUGCCAGUCCAGGGGGGCAAGGAUUUGGGCCCACAGAGGUCAUUGCAAGCCCGGGAGGUUUCAGCAGCUCCAGGUCAGGAAUGAGCCGCAGGACACGGGUGGAAGGAAUGUGGCUCGGAGGAGAGGACAAUCAGAAAGGCAGCUUCAUCCACAAACCCUCUCAGGGCUGGCUGCACCUUGACAAGAAGAUCGCAGGACCGGGAGCCUCUUAUAUAGUCAGGUAUAUGGGCUGCAUUGAAGUGCUGAAGUCAAUGCGAUCACUGGAUUUCAACACACGUACACAGGUGACGAGAGAAGCCAUCAACAGGCUGUGUGAAGCUGUGCCAGGCGGAAAGGGGGCUUGGAGAAAAAAGGCUCUGAACAAAGCGCUCCAGUCCAUUAUGGGGAAGAGUAACCUACGCUUCGCUGGAAUGAGUAUUGCAGUCAAUAUUUCCAUAGACGGCCUUGGUCUGCUCAUUCCUACGACACGACAGGUGAUUGCACACCAUCCUAUGCAGUCCAUCUCAUUUGCCUCUGGUGGAGACACAGACACGCCUGAUUAUGUCGCGUAUGUGGCCAAAGAUCCAGUGAAUCAGAGAGCAUGUCAUAUUCUGGAGUGCUCAGACGGCUUAGCCCAGAGUGUCAUCAGUACCAUCGGCCAAGCCUUCGAGCUGCAGUUCAAACAGUACUUACACAGCCCUCCCAAAACCUUGACCUCUACGGAAAGAAGUGUCAGGACGGAGGAGCCGCUGUGGGGUGAGGAGGAGGAUUUCUCUGAGCAUGAUUACUACAACAGCAUACCAGGGAAGGAACCUCCUGUCGGUGGGGUUGUGGACUCCCGGCUCAGGCCCGGUGCCGCCCUCCUGGGCCAUAGCCACACCCAGACGCAGAGCAAAACAGCGUCACAGACGGGCUCACCAGCUCGAAGGGAGCAGACGUCUUAUCAUCCUGGUCAACUGUGCUAUGAGCUUCACUGGGACACUGAGGUCAACAACUGCUCAGGUAUGACGUCAGACGGCUACCUGUGUGCUGACGGACAGGUUCAGAGCAGCAGAGACUACGAGGAGCAUCAGUACGUCAACACUCAGAGUCUGGACAAUCUGGAUUCACUGGUGCUGGGGACUGAUGGACACAGAGGGGCCCGGGCCCCUGACAGUCCCAAGAAAGACCUCUUUGACAUGAGGCCCUUUGAGGAUGCUCUGAAACUCCACGAGGCCAGUGGAGGAGCUGUUGGGUCCAGCCCAUCUGCUGCAGCUGGAGGUUGUGGUGCUCAGGCCAGAGGGGGAGGAGUCCGAGUCGUGGAGGACCAGUGGCCCAGCCCCCCACGCCGUAGAGCCCCUGUAGCUCCUAAUGAGGAGCAGCUCCGUCGGGAGACCUGGUACCACAGCCGCAUGAGCCGACGUGACGCAGAGAAACUGCUGGUUAGAGAUGGAGAUUUCCUGGUCCGGGAGAGCACGACCAACCCUGGACAGUAUGUACUAACUGGCAUGCACUGCGGCCUUCCCAAGCACCUGCUGCUCGUGGACCCUGAAGGCGUGGUUCGAACCAAAGACAUGUUAUUUGAGAGCAUAAGCCAUCUGAUCUCAUACCAUCUGAAGAACGAGCUGCCUAUUGUCGCAGCAGAGAGCGAACUUCACCUUAAGCAGGUUGUCAGGAGGAAACAGUGAGCCGCUGAGGUCUGUGGGGAACGAGCUGGAUUCCUGAGGUGAAUUCUCCUGUCUCCACGCAAAUCACAGAAAGUAAAACUUUAAAACAUAUAUAAGAUGUUUAUCUGGGACAAAGAAUCCUACUGACACCUUCUUUCCAUGGCUCUGUCUCACAAGGAGAGUGUGGUGUCAGACAGUUUGGACCUUCUCUGCCUCUUCUGCCUACCAGAUAAUCUCAUCCUCAUUUGUUAAAACUCCUCAGCAUGCAGCUGUUAAGCUAUAAAACCCACCAGACUCUAUAGAUUGACUGAUGUCAGAAAUUCAAGACACGACUGUUUGGAAAACAUUUAAUGCACAAAAACAUCCUCCAAUGCCUGUAACAGGGAUGUGCUUCCAAACUACCACCACUCACCUGAGCAGUGACCCCCGGACCUGUGACGAUCAAUGAACAAAUGAUGGACAACACCAGAACAAAAUGCUAUCUGGUGAAGAUAAAAGCAGGAACUCUGAUUAUGAAUGGGGGAACUGUCCAUAGAGACAUGAGCAGAAACAUCAAACUCACUGGGAUUUGAGACUGUUGCCACCUGUUCACAGGUCUGCAAUACCCGACUGAGAUGGCACAACGGCUACACACUGAACAGAUUCCCCUUUGAUUUGAUUUGAAAUCAUGCUUCAUGGGGUUUUUAUGCACAUAACUUGUGGAGUUUCACUUUCUUUUCUUGGCAAUACCUUAAAGUAGAAAGACCAGUGUUCACCUUUACCAAAAAUAUCAGUAGUUUGUGUUGUGUUUCAUUAAAGCGGAACUCUGGGAUUUUUCAA